AUGACCGCUUCGCAAGUCACUUUUGAAGUAAGAGGACCAUCAGUACCAGGUGAGGUUUUAGCAGUAUGUGGGAGCUGCAGUGCUUUGGGAAACUGGAAUCCACAAGUUGCAGUGGUCCUCCAGACUGGUGAUUGUCAAUUAUGGAAAGCUACUGUAGAGCUUCCUAGAGGAGUUCCUGUUUGGUAUCGGUAUUUUAGAGGAUACUUCCUAGAACCUAAGACUAUCGAUGGUCCCUGCGAAGUCAUAGUUCACACGUGGGAGACUCAUCUACAACCACGAUCAAUUACCCCUUUAGAAAACGAAAUUACUAUUGACGAUGGAUACUUUGGAAUCCGUAAUGGUAUUGAAACUGUGGAUGCUGGGUGGCUGACGUGUCAAACAGAAAUAAGAUUACGACUCCAUUAUUCUGAGAAACCACCUGUAGUGAUAUCUAAGAAGAAAUUUAAAACAUCGAGGUUUAGAGUGAAAUUGACUCUAGAAGGCCUAGAGGAAGAUGAUGAUGAAGAGGGUCAAGAGAAAACAUCCCCUACUGUCCCUCAGAAAAUGGCAAACACUGUGGAAUUUUCCUUAAUAAGUAACAACGAAUAUAAAUGUCGGCACUCUCAGCCAGAGUGUGGUUACGCUUUGCAGCCAGACCGCUGGAUAGAAUACACAAUACAAACCAUGGAGCCUGACAACUUGGAAUUAAUCUUUGAUUUUUUUGAGGAAGAUUUAGGUGAGAAAGUAGUACAAGGCGAUGUGCUCCCAGGUCAUGUAGGUUCUGCCUGCCUCCUGUCAUCCACAAUUGCAGAACUUGGGAAGAGUGCUGGAAUUCUUACACUUGCUAUUAUGAGCAGAAAUCCAAGGAAGACAAUUGGAAAAGUUAGAGUGGACUACAUAAUUAUUAAGCCGAUCCAGGGAUACACCUGUGAUAUGAAGGCUUCAUAUGCAAAAUACUGGAAACCAAGAACAACUCUAGAUGUUGGACACAGGGGAGCAGGAAAUUCUACAACAACAGCUAAACUCGCUAAAGUUCAAGAGAACACUAUUGCCUCUAUGAGGAAUGCUGCUAGUCACGGAGCAGCGUAUGUGGAAUUUGAUGUACACCUCUCCAAAGAUCAUGUGCCUAUUGUAUACCACGAUCUUACGUGUUGCAUGGCCAUGAAGAAGAAACUGGAUACAGAGCCUUUGGAGCUGUUUGAGAUUGCAGUCAAAGAACUCACAUUUGAUCAGCUGCAGUUAUUGAAGCUGGCUCAUGUGACUGCCCUGAAAGUAAAAGAUCACAAUGCACCUUUUAAAGAAGAAGAAGACUCUGCUUUUGAGACCCAGCCGUUCCCUUCUCUGCAGAGAGUCCUGGAGUCGGUUUCAGAAGAUGUUGGGUUCAACAUAGAAAUAAAAUGGAUCUGUCAACAAAGGGAUGGACAGUGGGAUGGCAACUUGUCAACUUACUUUGAUAUGAAUCUCUUUCUAGAUAUUAUUUUAAAAACUGUUUUGAUGAAUGCUGGAAGAAGAAGAAUUGUAUUUUCUUCUUUUAAUGCAGAUAUUUGUACAAUGGUUAGGCAUAAGCAAAACAAGUAUCCUGUGUUAUUUCUUACUCAAGGAGAAUCUAAACUGUAUCCAGAACUUAUGGAUCUUAGAUGUCGUACAACUCCAAUUGCCAUUACUUUUGCACAGUUUGAGAACUUGCUGGGAAUUAAUGUGCACUCUGAAGAUCUCCUGAGGAAUCCCUCGUUUAUUAAAAGGGCUAAAUCUAAAGGCCUAGUUAUUUUUUCUUGGGGUGAUGAUGCAAAUGACCCAGAUAACAGGAAGAAGUUAAGAGAAUAUGGUGUUCAUGGGCUAAUAUAUGACAG